CUGCGAGUAGUGGUAGCACACGCACGUACCAGCAUCCAGUUCCAGCGACCGGAGCCGGCGAGACACCGAGGCGUCGGUGCAGCCAGCAGCCAUGUCUCGCUCCGGAGCCCUCGCGGUGCUGUUGCUCCUGGUGCUCGCCGCCAGGGCGGCCGCGGCGAUCAAGCCAUUGGAGGAGCAGCCGCAGGGCGGCAAGUGGGCGGACCAGCUCACGGCGGGAGCGGCGAUCACGCCAUCGGAGGAGCAGCCGCAGGACGGCAAGCCGGCGGGCCACCUCACGGCGGGAUCGGCGAUCCAGCCAUCGGAGGAGCAGCCGCAGGACGGCAAGCGGGCGGACCACGUCGCGGCGAGAGCGGCGAUCACGCCAUCGGAGGAGCAGCCGCAGGACGGCAAGCAGGCGGGCCACCUCACGGCGAGGGCGGCGAUCCAGCCAUCGGAGGAGCAGCCGCAGGGUGGCAUGCGGGCGGGCCACCUCACGGCUGCCAAGGGCCUGCUGGAGGAGGAGCCCGCCGCGCGGCUGGCGUACGUCCGGACGGAGGAGAAGAAGGACAGCGAGGACGCGGCGACGAUGCCGUUGGAGGGGAUGAAGCCCGGCGGCGGCGUGGCGAUCCAGCAGGGCGGCGACCCGGGCACGGUGCCGUCGGGGAGCGGCGAGCACGCGAAGGAGGAGAGCGGCGAGCACGGCAAGGAGGGGAGCAGCAGCACCAGCAAGGAGGGGGAGAAGUCGGCCAAGAGCUGCCUGACCAAGGAGGAGUGCCACAAGAAGCGGCUGCUGUGCGGCAAGGGCUGCACCCUCUCCGCCCACGCCAAGUGCGCCGCCAAGUGCUCCAAGUCCUGCAUCGCCACCUGCUAGGCGCCCCCCGCCGCCGCCGUCGACGUACGGCCGGGUCCUUGAGCUCUACGGCGGCCGUCUUGAUCAUCAUUAGGUUGUUUUGGUGAAGGGAAUAAGGGAAGGGACACGCUGCAGCUAGCUGCAUGUCUGCAUGUGUGGUGUAGCGUAGCCUCUCGAUAUAUCGUCUUCGUGUCGUCGCCGUUGGUGUAGUGUUUUGACGUGUCCCCGUGUUUGUUCGUGUGUGAUUAGGGCUAAUAUUCGUUAUGUCAUUUCCA